GUGCUAAGGCUGGUAGCAGAGCCAGCUGUUGGUAGGCCUCUGGUGCGGGACCGUUAUCCUUUCCAUUACCUGCUGCCCCCUCCCAAUAAGACGUCUUUCUCAACCCCCCCUGUCGACUUGGCACAAGCCAAGAAAGGAUCCUUGUCCUAUACGGGAUUCGAAAACCCGGUUGAUCCUAUUCUCUGCAUGAAUGAGCACAAAGAGAAGGGCACAUUCCAUCAAGGUAGAACCGGGCGGAAGAAAAACGGCUACUUGCUCUUAGUGGGAAGCAAGGCUAUUCGUCGGAACAACUCAAUCUUCUUACUUCACCACUCUUCCUUGUCUUCUUUGUACUCCAUCUCUCCGUACAGCACGACCGAUGACGAAUGUCUUUUUUUUGUUCACUGCCUCAACUUUGUCGACCCUCAAUGGAUACCGACUAGAUCUCUAUCAUUCAUUAAUGGAGCAUCGGUUUUGUACCUGCACCUAUUAGAUAUCGCUCUUGACUCAAUCAAUAGAUAUAGCACUAGCUAUACGAGAGUUGCUCACACCCGGCUGUCUCUGUCCAAAGCUAUUGAAUUGAAUCAAUCUCCAAUCUCUGCUCUUUCAAAUCGCUCUGUCCAGGUUGGGCCUACGCUUAUAAAAAAGAAAAAAUUGACUGGUUCGCUACUACAGGAGAGGGGCGUUAGCGCCGUACUCAUCCCGCUCUCAUUACAGACUGCGCUACGUCUUCAAAUGCUCCGCACCUUGGCUGAGACUGAACUCCCUUUUCCCGAGUCACUCCUUAGCCGUCCCUUUGCUUCAAGAUUCCCUGCGACUACCGGACCAAAAGACGUGGAAGAAAGCAAGAUUGAUGAAAGGUCUAGGCUCCACUCCAAGCUGGACUUGCUUACGCAAGAGCACGAGAUAAAGACUUCAAAGUUCACCUUCGCCUACCUGAGAAAGAGCAAGAGCUACCACCUUCCACUCGAAAGAGGACUCAAUUACAUCGAACCUCUGUAUCUAACCCGAACAAAAACCUUUUUCUACGCUGAAGGCAUUCAAGAAGCUGCGAUUGCUCUUGUCGACUCUUCAUGGCAUGGUUGGCCGGGAAUUAGAACAAAAGGAGUAAGCGGUCCUCUCGCUUGCUCUUGGCCAAUCUCUGCAUUCGAGCGAUUCGCCCCAUCCUUGGUUCUGGCUCUAGUUGUCGGACUAGGAGCAGCUAUAUCAUCCGCAACAGAUCUUAUAGAAAAAGAAGCUUUUGAUGCUUUUGGACGCUAUAAGCAUCAAUCUUGCCUUGGUGUUGACCCGAGGAGCGGUAGACGAGGCUUUCUCUGUUCACGACUCCGG